GAGCUGAAGGAGUACUUCUCCCAGUUCGGGUCAGUACAGAGGUGCCAGCUGCCGUUUGACAAAGAGACAGGCUUUCACAGACGUUAUUGCUGGAUUAAAUUCUCAACUCCGCAAGAUGUUCAGAAUGUGUUUCAGAAGGACUCCCACAUACUUGAAGGUGCCAAGCUCACUCUCAAACAGCAGCCCCUUAGAAGACGCAGUCAAAGAAAGAAUCAAAGUGAGUGA